AUGGCUAGUAGCAGAGUAGAUAUGGAUCCUGAUGUUGCUCGAAGGCUAUUUGAGGAGGGGGCCACCCUUGUGCUCAUGGGAGUCCCUCAGGGCACAGAGUUCGGCAUUGACUGCAAAAGUUGGCAGGUUGGUCCCCGCUUCCGGGGUGUUAAGAUGAUACCCCCGGGGCUGCACUUUCUCAAUUACUGUUCUGUCAAUUCACCGAGCUGUGGAGGAGAAGUUGGUCCCAAGACUGGCCUCUUCCUCCAUCUCAAACCGAGAGACAUCUUGUUGGCUAACUGGGACCCAAAAGAGGAAGAUCUGGACUUCUCCGCUUCCCACAACAUGGAGGAAGUGGGCAGAAUCAGAGCAAACCUGCAGGAUCUGGAUCCGUAUCUUGGACCUUAUCCGUAUGAGGUGAUGAGAAAGUGGGUGUCCCUCUCGGACCGUCUAAGCGAAGAGGUGGCAAUCAACUUGCAGCCUCUCUCUGGUCGAGUACGUGCCUACAGUGACGUUGUCCCUGAGACUGAGUUCAGACACACCAAGGACCGGGCUGAGCAGCCAAGGAACGACACAGCAUGCCAGACCAUGAGGGAGGGACUAGACAGGCUCCCCAAGAUGAAGGAAAGGGAAGGGACACAGCUGCGCUUCUCUGCCAUCCCAGAGAAGACUUACCCUCCUGGGGCCACACCUGCCCAGAUCACACAAUGCAGCCUGGACUUCACCUACGCCCUGGAGACUGUGCUUGACCAGAACCACCAGCAGAAGCCUCUCAAUCUGCUAGGUGAGCUGCAGUUUGCCUUUGUGUGCUUCCUGAUCGGAAAUGUGUACGAGGCCUUUGAGCACUGGAAGCGUCUACUGAGCCUGCUGUGUCGAGCAGAGGCGGCCAUGCAGAAGCACAAGGAGCUCUACCUGGGACUCAUUGCUGUUCUCUACCACCAAUUGGGAGAAAUCCCUCCUGACUUCUUUGUGGACAUUGUGUCUCAGAACAAUUUCCUCACCUCAACGCUACAGGACUUUUUCCAGUUUGCCAGUGGGCCUGGAGUGGAUGCAGUGCUCCGCAAAAGAGCAGAGAAAUUCAAAGCCUAUCUCACCAAAAAGUUUAACUGGGAUUUCGAUGCAGAUUUGGAUGAAUGCGCACCGGUGGUUGUGGAUCUUCCGGAGGGAUUUUCUGUGGACUGA